AGUUGAGAGUUGACUGAAGAGAAGAGCCAUGGUUGAAAUUUGUCUUGCUGUUUUGGGAUUAUUUGUGACCAUUGGGUUCCACAUAGCAGAUGGAAGCCCUUACGUUCUUAUACGCAAAGUAGGAGAAAACAUCAGAGUGCCGUGUGACAAUGUGGUUUACCCAGACUGCUCCUCUAGUACAUGGAUCUUCGAGAGUAGACAGACCUCCGAUAGCGCUGUGCUGGUUACCCAUGGAGUAAAAAAAAACUCAGGCAGAGCAAAGAGACUGAGGCUGGGUUCCGAUUGUUCUCUGAUUGUUCUUUAUGUCAAAACUGAGGAUGCUGGACGCUACACCUGUCGACAAUAUCUCACAAAGGGAGGGAGUCAACACGGGAAAGAUGCAUCUAUAUAUCUGGAGGUUGAAACCGAUGGAGGCUUUGCCAUUCUUCACCACGAAGUAGGAGAAAACAUCAGACUGCCGUGUGACAAUGUGGUUUACCCAGACUGCUCCUCUAGUACAUGGAUCUUCGAGAGUAGAAAGACCUCCGAUAGCGCUGUGCUGGUUACCCAUGGAGUAAAAAAAAACUCAGGCAGAGCAAAGAGACUGAGGCUGGGUUCCGAUUGUUCUCUGAUUGUUCUUUAUGUCAAAACUGAGGAUGCUGGACGCUACACCUGUCGACAAUAUCUCACAAAGGGAGGGAGUCAACACGGGAAAGAUGCAUCUAUAUAUCUGGAGGUUGAAACCGAUGGAGACUAUUCUACUCUUUACCACAAAGUAGGAGAAAACAUCAGACUGCCGUGUGAAAAUGUGGUUUACCCAGACUGCUCCUCUACUACAUGGAUGUUCGAAAGCACUGAGCUGGUUGGUCAUGGAGUUAUUAAAAAAAACUCAGGCAGAGCUGAGAGACUGAGACUGGGGUCCAACUGUUCUCUGAUUGUUCUUAAUGUCACAACUGAGGAUGGCGGAUUCUACAACUGUCGACAUUAUCACACAGAGGGAAGGUAUACAUCUGGGACAAAUGCAGCGGUAAAGCUGAUUCCGAUUGUUCAAACCAAUGGAGUCUUUUCCUUUCUUCAACACAGAGGAGGAGAAAACAUCAGUCUGUCGUGUAACUAUGUGGUUUACCCAGACUGCUCCUCUACUACAUGGAUCUUCAAGAGCACUGAGCUGGUUGCUUAUGGAGUUAUAAAAAAAGACUCUGGCAGAGAAGAGAGACUGAGUCUGGGGUCCGACUGCUCUCUGAUGGUUCUUAAUUUCACAACUGAGGAUGCUGGAGUCUACAAAUGUCGACAAUAUCUCACAAAGGGAGGGAAUCAAUACUGGGAGGAAGCAGUGGUAGAUUUGUAUGUUCACAGCAAUGGAGACUUUCCCACUCUUCACCACAAAGUGGGAAAAAACAUCAGACUGCCGUGUGACUGUGGUUUACCCAAACUGCUCCUCUACUACAUGGAUCUUCAAUAGCAUUGAACUGGUUGGUCAUGGAGUUAUAAGAAAAAACUCAGGCAGAGCAGAGAGACUGAGUCUGGGGUCUGACUGUU